AUCUGGACCUACGCGCCUAUGCCAGUUUGUUGGUGCUCGUAUUGUGUUUGUACUUUUUAAAUCGCGGUAAUUAAAAAAUAUACAAUAACAAAAAGGAAUGAAUCUCUAAUAAUUGCUUGCGAAUAUUUCCAGACAUAUCAUUCACGUAACCAACAUGCAUUUGCGUUCAUGUCGCACAGAUAACACUCCGGACUCCAGUGAUGCGCCUCUAACUGGAGGUAGAGAAUCAAACCAUUCAGAUUGUACAGGUACAAAGCCAAAAUUCAGAUUUCCUCCGCCACCAAGGCUCAUAAAAAGCGCCAACAACUCGUAUUGCUCCACAGCUUCUGAUAGCUCCAAUACUAGUGUCCAAGCAAACAGGAGCUAUAAUUUUGUGAGAAAAAAGAAACAUAAAUCAGUUAAGAGGCUGCCUCCUUUAGGUAUUUAUUGGGAUAUUGAAAACUGCCGUGUACCUAAAUAUAAGAGUGCUGCAGCUGUGGUGCAAAGGAUCAGAGAAACCUUUUUAGUGAAUUAUAGAGAAUCAGAGUUCGUAGUUGUAUGUGAUGUGAAGAAGGAACAUCCUCAGAUGAUACAGGAAUUGCAUGAUGCACAGGUGAAUCUGAUCCAUGUGGGGCGAAUGUCAAAAAACGCGGCCGACGAAAAACUUCGCCAAUCGUUGAGGAGGUUUGGCGAGCUGCAUUUUGCGCCUGCAGGGGUACUCUUGAUAUCUGGUGAUAUAAAUUUUACUGCUGACUUAUGCGAUCUCAGAUACAGAAACAAGAUGAGGGUGAUUUUGGUACAUAACGUCAAUGUUUCUCAUGCGCUGCUGAUCUGUGUCAAUGAACAUCAUUCCUUUGAAGAACUUUUGAAAGACUUGCCGCGUUACAGAUGUCAGACUAUUGCAAAUGGACAUGGACCAUCAACUUUAGAAGUAUCGAAUUUACCGCUGAACUUCGAUCCAAAAAGAUUGCGCAGUCGGUUGGGCAUGCUAAUCGAAAACUGCGGCGGAAAAGUGGUCGAUAUUUUCACCAACGAAGGAAGGGCAUCUAUCAGAUUUGGAAACUAUGACGAAGCUCUUAGGGCACAAAGAAGAAUUCAAGGCGAAGAUGUUUAUGGUAACAAAAUUAAAGUCAUAUCCCCGUCUAUGCGGAAUUACUCUGCAGUGAUGAGAAUGGAUCAAGCUGAAAAUCUGGCCAUGUCAGCCCCUACAAAUCAAGGUUUUAUGGCUUACAAUCAGCAACGAAGGCAAAUGCAGCAACAACAUCAAAUGGAUAGUUGCACCUUCCGUCCCAUAAUGGGCACUGGGGUGAUGAACUCGUCAUACGAUUCUAGAGAGUCCCUGACGCCCCAGGAGCAACUAUCAGCAGCACUUGGUGCCAAACACAGGCUCCACAAGACCAGUGGCAGCUCGGAUUAUAGCGAAGAUGGGAAAACGGCGAUGAUAAUGCGAAACUUGAGUGAAGACAUCAGAGCUGCGCAGCAAAGUCAACCGAUUGAUCUUGUCAUAUCCAAUUUGGACUCGAACAUUGAUACCAAAGAACUGAAAAAGAUGCUCACUGAUAUGAUAAAUCAGUAUGCUAACAUCUUGAAUAUGAACGUGAUAGUACAAACUGACGGUAAUCCAGUAGCGUACGUUAGGUUAAGUAGUCAGCAAGAAGCUUUAUAUGUGAUAUCUCAGCUGCACAGAGUGAAGAUGGGACACAAGCGCAUAGUGAUAUCUAAUGUACAGAGUAACUCGCCUGAUCCAGAGCUGCUGAAAGCGAUGGUUGUCAGCAUUUUACAGGAAGCUCCAGAAAAAUGUCUACCUCUCUAUAGGCUUAUAGAUCUCCUAGAAUCUCGAUACCACUGUACAGUUCCUAUAUCGGAAGUGAACAAACUGAAAGGUGUGUGCAAUAUCACAGUAACAGAUGGAUCGAGAUUCAUUUCUCUAACACAAAACAUGAAAACUUCACCUCCUCCAACUUUAAGCAGCAUGUUGUUACCUUACUGUACUAUACACUGCCCUGAUGGAAUGGAGACUAGAGAUUGGUGUGAACUUGGUGCAUCACCCUGUAUAAUGAUGCCACUACAAAUGUUCGCAGACAAAUUACAUGCUUUGCUGAAGGUGCAUCUCAAUUAUGUUUUUCUAUUGAGUUUUCAAGCCUGCUAUGAAUCCGAAUUCCAAGAAGCAUUGCCAGUGGCGGAUUCAGGAGUUCCGUUAGAACAUUUGAUAUCUUGUGUUCCUAAUGUAGGAAUCGAAGUAAUCGGACCCAACAAAAAUAUCAAAGUCAUCAAAUACUGUGAAAGCAAGAGUAAUGAACAUUUGGAUGAUACGUUUCGGUCAGUCCCUCUUCCACUGGCAAUGAACUUGAAUAUGUUAUGUCGAGAACUAGUUGAACUGUUGAAGACAUGCGAAAAAUGUCAGUUGCUCUUGAACAAAUUCAUUCCAGCAUACCACCACCACUUUGGGAAGCAGUGUCGUGUUGCGGAUUACGGAUACACAAAGCUACUCGAUUUAUUCGAAUCUAUACCUCAUGUCGUUCAAGUAAUUGGUGACGGAACUCGUCGUAUCGUAACAUUAUCUCAUUCCGCCCAAAUGAAACGAUUCACUUCUGAUCUGCUGAGGGUCUUGAAAGCACAACCAUCCAAGGAAAUCCUCGUUUCGGCGUUUCCCUCUGCUUACGAAAAAGUAGUGAACAAGCCCUUCAACGUGGUGGAUUAUGGAUUGUGCACAUUCGAAGAUCUGAUGCAGGAAGUACCUGAAAAUACAGUUUUGAUAAGCAGAGGUAACGAAGGCAUAAUGAUCGCUAUUCCAAAACGAGCACAAACUCCUGAAGAAAUGAUGCUCACAAAACAGUUUGCAGCUGAGGUGAUCGAUUUACUGAAGCUGUCUCCAGACCAAACGAUGCUAUUUAACAAAUUCGUACCUGCAUACCACCUCCAUUUUGGCCGUCAAUGCAAAGUCUCGGACUAUGGAUUCAAUAAGCUCAUUGAACUGUUCGAAGCAAUUCCAGAUGUAGUAAAGAUUGAAGAACUACCUCACGGUGAACGGAUAGUUAGACUGACGUUACCGCAGUCGUUGUCCAUUUUGGGCUCUCAAGUCGUGCAAAUCGUAAAUUCGUUCAAGACUGUCUUGUUCCUGCACGAACUGCCUUCGAUUUAUUAUAGAGAUUUUGGAUAUCCACUGAAACCACAAUUGUACGAGUGCGAUAAUCUGGAACAGGUUAUUGCAAGGCUGAGUGACUACGUUCAGGUAUUGCAUAGUGAUGCUGGCCCAUUGCUCAUUGCCAAAGACGUAGACAGAUAUCCUAGCACUCUAGUAAGGAGCUGGGCACUUCUAUUCGAUCCACCAUACUCUAAAGAUUUCGACAUCUUCAAAGCCGAGUACUCCGGAAUGUACAGUAGCACCAUCACUUUGGAAAAUUUGCAGCAAAUUUCAAAGGUCAUCUCGGUAACUACUCAAAAUGGAACUACAUUAGUAUCUCUAACCCCCCAAUUUAAAUUGGCCGCCGAACUCUACCAUUUAAUCUACUAUCAUGGAGGUAGUGUCGUGUACAGUCAAAUAGAAAAAAUGUACUCCGAAUACUACUCCAAACCUUUGAAACUAUGGGCUUAUAAGAUCAAUUCGUUAGCUGAAUUUCAUGAUCUCUUUAGCGGGAUCUUCCACGUAAAGUAUAAGAAGAAGAAGAGUCUCGUAGUACUGCACAGAAAACUUGCAGAUCAUUUUAUACCGUUCAGAACACCAACACCAAGUUCACCGGUCGCCAACAGAAAGUCCGGUACAAUAACACCAUUGGAGCCUCUGGAUAUGCCAAAAACUGUUGCAGCAAAACCAGACACCCCCACAACACCUGGUAAAAUAAUUUGGAGUCCAACAAUGCAUGAUAAUCUGAAUUUAUGCAUCCCGAUGCCGGUCAAUUCUUCAAUGUUGAAUUUGGUUCCAUCUGCUCGUUCCCUAUGGCCCACUGAUACUGCUGAUCGCCAUGUACCUCCUGAUCCAACCGAGCUGCCCAUGCCAGAUAAACUCAUCAACAAAGGCAAACUUAAUCCGAAUAAUUCGGAUUCAGGAGUGAUGAUUAAUUUGGAACACUCGCCGUCAGAAAAUGAUCAUUUCUCUGGAAGCCAAAGACGUUUGGGUGGUGGAGUAAAUUCAUCGUUCGCCAACUUCAUGAGCUUCAAGAAUUAAUAAACAAAUUCACUACAGUCUGAUCUAGUCGUAAGAAAUUUUUAUCGCGUUUUAGAGACUUUUAUGUGAAAUAAAAUAUUUUAAAAAUUAAUCAUAAUUAUAUAUUUUAAUAUAUUUUUAUCAGUUGGUGUGCCAUAAGAGUUUCUAAACGUUUUAGUGAUAUGUAUUCAGGUAUGUACAACAAAGUUCAAUGUCUCGAUGCACAAAAGACAAUUAUUGUUAAACAUUCCUAUUUUAAUUUAAUGUUGAUGUCCAUGUCUGUGAUAGCUCAGUAGCUCAAAGAAGGAUAGUGUAAGAAAUAAUUACAUAAAUAGCAGGGCCGGCUUCAGAGAAUAGAAAUUUCCUCAGGUGCAUCAGUGCCUCUAAGAGCUAAGGUCUUUCUAAUAACUGAAGAGGGGGUGGGGUUCGCUGAUCGAUCUCGACACCACCUCCCCCCCUGGAUCCACCCUCGAUAUGGCGCUGCGCCUUGAGGCGCCUGCAUCACUUUUUUACCGUCUGUGGCCGGGCCUGAUAAAUACGAAUACUUGUAGAUUUAUGUAGUUUUGUCUAUCUUAAACGUAACGUACUGGUAAAACAUUAGUAUCAUUUAGGUAUACAUACAAUCUAUUGUUUAUGAUGGUUGGGGACUAUGUUAGGUUUAAGAUAAGCUUGCAUGAAUCCAACAUGAUACAUUAUGAUCCAACAACAAUUGAGAACAGUUUUGGAGUUUGAGUCUGCACAAAUCUAUCAUUACAACAGCUUUGCGCAGAUUCAGUAAACCGUUCUGAACUGAUGAUGAAACGUACUACGUGAAAAAGGUUUUUCAGGAAUGACGUUACAAUCAACAUAUUUGUAAAAGGUCAAUGUUUAGACCUUGAAUUUCUCAAGAUGCCUGCACCUGCAGUAACAUAGAUGCAGCUUGACAUUUGACAAUGUAUCUAUUCAUUUCCGUUCUAUUCAACAUUUUAGUAUUCUAGUCAGAAACAUAGAAUUCCGCCUAAAGAUCAAUUUUAAAGGAAAUUCAUAUAGUAAUAGUUCCUGUUGUGCUGAUCAAAUGUUCCAUUGGGCGCAAAGCCGAGACACGCUUUCUAUUGCAGAUACGCGGUGUUGAAGUUUGGUGCCUUAGCCCCUGUGGGCACGCCUGCCUGUACCACUUCACGAAAACUAACUGGUCUUUUAUGUACUCAGGGAACUUGACAGUAUUAUAAAAAUCACGAUAGGAUAUUUCAACGAAAAUAGAUGUUUGUUUAAUAAAAAGCUGUAUAAGAUAUUCAAAAAUGGUUUUCGCCACAAGAUUGACAUCGUGUAGGUGUGUAUCUCUAAAAAAGUUUUUUUUAACGGAGAAGAUUAAUAUAAUAUACAUUAGAAUUUUGAUCAUUUGUUUAGUUUCGAAUAUGUUUUAUGAUUUUUCUUUUUAACUUUUCAUACAUACAGGGUUGGGCAAAAAGACUUCCCCAAUUUGGAGAGCCGAUAAAAACUGAACUAAUCAAGAUAUAGAAAAAAAAUUAUUUUUUUUAAAAGCGUAUAUAAUGCCAUUUUAAGUCAAUGCAUUUUGCAAAUGACAUCACUCAAGUGUGCGCCUCCAUUGUUGAUACACUGAGUUAGCCUCUCCCGAUAAUUUUCCAUCACUCUGCUGAUCGUGUCAGGCGGAAUGGCAGCAAUUUCCUGAAUUAUCGUCUCCAUGAGAGUGUCUAGAAUUUGGGGGCAAUGUUGGUACACUUUUGCCUACAGGUAGCCCCAAAGAAAAAAAUCACCUGGAUCAAAGUGAAUGCGAAAGGCACGCUGCGCGAUUAUCGGCGAACCUCCAUUUCGAAUACACUGAUCAACAACGAAAGCGCGGUGCGGUCCUGACCAAGCCAUGAUUUAUACUAAAAAUGGCAAGAAUAGACACGUCGAAUGAUAUUGAUGUAUCCCCCACUGCGCCAUCCCCCCAGACGGUUUCCAAAUCGGGGAGGUAUUUCUGCCCCACCUUGUAUAUGAUGCAAUCAUUGUCGUCAAUAACCAGUUAAUUGAAAGUAUCUGUAUUGAGAACGCGACAAAUUAUUGAGAGUUAAGUUACAAGGGUACACCUUGCAAUAAUUUGUGGUUACCACUACAUAUUCUUCCACUUGACUGUUUAUAUAUUGUAAGCGUUCACGUGAGUCUUAUUAUAUCGUUAAGUCAACAAUAAAGACGAGAUAGUUUUCGCAAGAUGGUGCAGGCAGGCUUACCCACAGGAGCUAAGGCAUCAAACUUUAACACCCUUUAUCUUUAAAAGUCAGCAUUUCUGAGCCUUGCGCCCAUCGGAACAUUUGAUCAGCACAACAUGACUGCUGGUCAAAUCCCAUGUUUUGUGCCUGGUACUUUCAGUAUCAUAUACUGUGUCAAGCAGCAGAAGUAUUUCAAGAGGUACUUCCAAUAAUUAUAACUUUUAUAAUGCAGUUUUUCAUACUCAAGCAUCAUCUAUAGAUCUUUAUGUUAUGUAUCUCAAAUAUUCAAUUGGAAAUUCUUUGACAAAUUAGAUUAUUUAGUGGUUCCAUAAUCACCGACUUGUUUAUUUCAAAAUAAGUUUUGAUAUCUACACUAAAGGGUAUAUAUUAUGUUGUUUUAACUGAUAUUAGAUAUUUUUGCAAUCUGAUAUUGCAGAUGUGAUGUUGGUAGGAUUUAGGUAUAUGUCUAGUCAAGUUUGCUUUAAAACAUUGAGCGUCUGCAAGAAUAUUGCGGUUAAGUGCAAUUAUAAAAUUUUCACUCGCUUCUUUCUUUGACUACCGAGCUACUUUGUCGUUUAUUUUAGUAUUAGGUUUUGCCAGUUUUUACAUUAUUGUGAAUAAAGCUGUUCAUAACUCCCAUGUUAUUAAACCUUUCACGCAUCACGAAAAAACAUUGGAUGGCGUUAUGAACUUCAUUAUUAUUUGUAAUAUUUAUAUUUUGCAAGAAAGUUAUUUAUGCAAUCUUUGUAAUAAGUUUUACCAAACACUUUUUACUAUACAUGUGACUUUUGUUGUUUAGGAAUUGUAGUUUAAGGAUAUGUACUUAAUUUUAAGGAUGAAUUUUUGCCAAACAAAUGCUAAGUCUGAAUCAAUAAAAAUAUAAAUUUGUACUUUUUUAA